GGAGGACUGUUUCUCUACUGAUGCUCAGAUGUGCAAACAGCUCGUUUCUUCCUCUUUAAAGCUCGUCUAACCGAUCAGGUGAUAACAUGGGGAACGGUUCAAUGAAAUCAAAGCGUUACAAACACACAGACGGCUCUGCUGCUGCCUCUAACGGCCGAGCACACAAAGAUCACGGCGGCGGGUACAAGAGCUCGUCCCUGGAUUCCCUAAGGGCCCGGGUGGAGGAGCUAGAACGAGAGGGCAAGAGGAAGGAUGAGGAGCUCUGUGCCAAAGAGCAGCAGAUCAAAGGUCUCCAGGAGCAGCUGGCCAAACAGACGCGAGCUCUGGCUGAGCUGAGCGAGGAGCUGCAGAACAAGUGCAUCCAGCUCAACAAGCUGCAGGAUGUGAUGAAGAACCAGAGCGGAGCCUCUGCCAGCCUGGCAUCACGACCUCCCUCCGUCAAAGCCAGCGGGAAGAGCAGCCCUAACCUCAGCGUUCGCAUCAAGGAAACCCUCAACAGACGGAAAGGGGCCAAAGCUGGGGUGUCAGCCGAACCCACGUCCAGGACCUACGACUCCAGCAGCCUGCCCAAGUUCUCCUUCGAGAACGCCCGGGUACCAAAGGAUGCAAGUGUGAAGAAGCUGCUGACAGACGCCCUGAACAAGAACCAGUACCUGAAGAGGCUGGAGCUGCAGCAGAUCAAAGACAUGGUGGAGUGUAUGUAUGAGCGCGCCUACCAGCAGGGAGAGUACGUCAUCAAGCAGGGGGAGCCCGGGAACCAUCUGUUUGUCCUGGCAGAUGGGAAACUGGAUGUGUUUCAACAUAACAAACUGCUCACAUCGAUAAUGGUGUGGACCACUUUUGGGGAAUUAGCCAUUCUGUACAACUGCACACGGACUGCAUCAGUGCGAGCGGUGAACAAAGUGCGGACCUGGGCUUUAGAUCGGGAGGUGUUUCAGAACAUCAUGAGACGGACGGCUGAGACGCGGCACGAACAGUACCGCAACUUCCUCCGAAGUGUUUCACUCUUGGCUAAUCUACCAGAGGACAAGCUAAGCAAAAUAGUGGACUGCCUCGAGGUGGAAUACUAUGACAAAGGAGAGUAUGUCAUCCGGGAGGGAGAGGAGGGCAGCACCUUCUACAUCAUCGCACAGGGAAAGGUGAAGGUGACCCAGACCACCGAGGCCCACAAGGUGCCGCAGAUCAUCAACACGCUGCAGAAGGGAGACUACUUUGGAGAGAAAGCUCUCAUAAGUGAUGAUGUCAGGUCAGCGAACAUCGUGGCUGAAGAGAACGGGGUGGAGUGCCUCGUCAUCGACAGAGAGACAUUUGAUCAGACAGUGGGCACCUUCAAUGAGCUGCAGAAGUACCUGCAAGGCUACGUGGCAACACUUGAUCGUGACGACAAGAAGAGACAUGCCAGGAAGUCAGUGUCACGGCACCAGAGUCAGCCGCUGUCGCCUGAUGUCAUCCAGCUGAAGGACAUGGUGUCGGUGUUCCCUUCAUCUAGGCCCUUCGACCACCUGGAAGUCAUCGCUACACUCGGGGUCGGUGGCUUUGGACGAGUAGAACUGGUGAAUGUGAAGGGCAAGGACGUCACUUUCGCACUAAAGGUCAUCAAGAAGAAGCACGUCGUGGACAACCGGCAGGAGGAGCACAUCCACUCGGAGAGGAGGAUCCUCGCUGAGGCUCGCUCGCCUUUCGUUGUCAAACUGUAUCGCACAUUCAAGGAUAACAAAUACGUGUACAUGCUGCUGGAGGCCUGUCUGGGUGGAGAGAUUUGGAGUCUGCUCAGAGACAGGGGGAGUUUUGAUGAGCCCACUGCCAAAUUCUGCGUUGGCUGCGUCACGGAGGCUUUCGACUACCUCCAUCGCAAAGGUGUCCUCUACAGAGACCUGAAGCCUGAGAAUCUCAUGCUGGAUACUGAGGGAUACAUCAAACUGGUUGACUUUGGAUUUGCCAAGAAGAUCCGAUGUGGCCAAAAAACCUGGACCUUCUGUGGGACCCCGGAGUAUGUGGCCCCAGAGAUCAUCCUCAACAAAGGUCACAACUUCAGCGUGGACUUCUGGUCUCUGGGCAUCCUGGUGUUUGAGCUCCUCACUGGCAGUCCUCCAUUCACAGGGAGUGACCAGAUGAUGACCUACACUUUCAUCUUGAAAGGCAUCGAGAAGAUGGACUUUCCCAAGAAGAUCACCAAGAGACCCGAGGACCUCAUACGCAAGCUGUGCAGGCGAAAUCCCUCAGAGCGACUGGGAAACCUCAAAAAUGGAAUUACUGAUAUCAAGAAGCACAGGUGGUUUAAUGGUUUCAACUGGGAAGGACUGAAGGCAAGGACUUUACCGUCUCCACUGAAAAGAGAGCUCACAGGGCCGACAGAUCACAGCUACUUUGACAGCUACCCCCCAGAUGAGGACAGUCCUCCUGAUGAGCUGUCUGGUUGGGACAUGGACUUCUAAGAACGUCUGCUCCAUCUUUUCUCCGUUUUCCUUCCAUUUCAGACCCUGACACCAAAAAGUGAAUGAGCAGAGUGGGUUUUGAGGUGACCUUACAACACCUCAGAGAAAUGUUGCACCUGUGUGGUGCAGCGGAUAAACACUCACCUAAACCGAACACAGCUGGCCGUGUUUGUGGAUGGGAAGCUGGUGCGGGAUCAAAUCCUUGUUGCUGUUGCUUUUUGGCCGUGGACGGCUGGGAGCACCUGUGCGAAACAAAGCAAUAGCACAAACAUCUGUAUGUGUCUCUUCAGAGUUUGGCAACGAGAACCAGCUCUGCGACGUAUACGGUUCCAAAAUUAUACCAACUUAGAAUUCAUCAAAAAACUUGCCUUUUCAAUUCUGCAGUUCAGUUUUCCCAAAGAUAACUUCUCAGUUGCAAAGUCUGGACUUAAUAUGCUUCACUCCACAGAUCCAGUGCACAAAGCUCAUGUACAGUGUUAACAACAAAAUCUCAGAAGUGUUGCACCAAAGAAAACAGUGAAAACAAGUCAAAAGCCCAUUGUUGUCCAAUUUAAUCUGAAGUGAGAAAGUGGUAAGUCAACAAUAUUUUCA